AACUUUAACGAAGCCAAUAAAACCCAAAAAGUAGAAACACUUCCUUGGACACCUCAUUUAAUGCUGAACUCCCCUUCACACUCUGUAGUGAUCACUACUCUCUCCAUUUUCUCUCCAAAGCUACAAAAUUUAUAAACAUGGCAAAUCUUGCACAGGUAGCAGGAGUACACACAUCAGGCCUGGCAAACAUGAUCAUAUCAUCAGCAAGAAACGCCACCGCGCACAAGAAAAACUGCGAGCAACUAGCUGAGCACGUGAAGAUUAUAAGCAACCUGCUAGAGAAGAUAAAAUCAACGGACCUGGUGAACUUGCCUGCUACAAAAGAGCCAUUGGAUUGUCUAGAGGAAGCUUUGAGAAAGGCACUUGAUUUGGUGGAGAGCUGCAAGGAAAAGAGCUAUCUAUACAUGCUUGCUAUGGGAUGGAGUGUCGUUUAUCAGUUUAGACAAGUUCAUGAUGAAAUUGAUAGGUAUCUUAGGCUCGUACCCUUGAUUUCUCUGGUCCAUGAGUUCAGGAUGCAGGAUAUAAAGGAAGGCUGGCAGGCAAUUGAAGAGGAUCAAAGAGACUAUACCCUCGAUGAAGACGAUGUAGAGGCUCAAAGUGUGAUUUUAAAACCUGACCGUUCAAAGAAAGAUGCAAACAUGUUGGAGAAGUCUCUAUCUCGCAGAUAUCCUGACUUGGGAUUCCAGGAGGCUCUCCAAGAAGAAAAGGAGAAAUUACAGAUUGAGCUGCAGAGAUCAAGAACAAGCAAGGAGCCAAAUCAAUGCCGAGUAAUUGAACAUCUAAUUGAGGUAACAGAAAAUGUCGUCAAUGAUGUUCCUGCAAAGAAGGUUACGAAACUUCUUGUUAAUGAGCCAACUUAUGUUGUAUCAGGGUACAUAACCAAUGCAAGAUCCAGCAAUGGGGUCCUAAAGCCUGGAGAUAAGUGCCAGUCUGAAUGGCAGGUUGAUCUUUUUGAUUGUUGCAAGGAGCCAUGUUUGAGCUUGAAGACCUGCAUUUAUCCCUGUGGUGUAUUUUCAAGGAUAGCCAAUGUGGUGUCGAAAGGAAAGACAUCUCGCGAGCGUGCGAUUAAUGAUCUAAUGGCGUACUCUAUUUUUUGUGGAUGUUGCUGUUACACCUGCUGCAUCAGGAAAAAAAUUCGGCAUCUUUUCGACAUUGAGGGAGGCUCAUGUGAUGACUUCUUAACUCAUUUCAUGUGUUGCUGUUGUGCAAUGGUUCAAGAAUGGCGAGAGCUUGAAGUCAGAGGCUUUGAAGGUUGCCCGGAGAGAAAGAUGAUUCCUCCGCCUUACCAGUAUAUGAUGCCUUAAUUCCUGAACAAUAUGCUGCUCUCUACAAGUUCUAUUUACUAGAUACAUGUAAAUAAACACUUUACAAAGGCAUGGCACUGGAGCAUUCUGCAGAGACAAUGUGUUGGAGCCAUAUUGUACCUCUAAGUUGACUUGAAAAUGAGAUACACGCUAAGUGAAACCUAUUUCUAAAUGAGCACAAUGCGGUACAUGCAGCUUAUGCCAAGGCGCUGCAUGAACAGCUAUCCAUCUAGAAGACCAGUGGAAUUUCCAUUAUGGCAGAAAGGGGAUGGUAUUUAAACUAAAGGCAAAAUCCAUCAGGUGAUUUAUGUGAAAAUUACAAGAUCAUUAACCAGUCAGGUAUACAAAAAUGUAGAGCUGUUAGAAGCAGCGUCAGAUCUGUCAGAAAAACUACUGGGUUAGAAUUCAGAAUCGAGCCAGUAAGUUCAGUGCCGGGAGACAGUGACAUUAAACCAAAUUGAACUCUGCUAAAAGGAAGAGCUGGCCUUGGCUGAAAAUCAACAUACAGAGAGGAGCGACAAGAAGGAAAAAGUAGCAUGCAAGAAAUAUUCUCUUUCUUUUCAAUAACAAACUAUAAUCCAUCCUUGGUGGACUGUGUAUCAUCAUUCUGUAGAGAUAAUAGACAACGAAACAGUUGUGAUAA